AUGAAGCUCUCCUGGCUGGGCGUGGAUGUCUCCCGGGUGUUGCAUUUGGCUGCUGUCUUCUGCCUGACCUGCGUGCUGCUGAAGGCCAUCCCGCUGUACCACCGCCGGCGGGAGCUGCUCAGGGCGCUGGCCGACUUCCCCGGCCACCCGACCCACUGGCUCUUCGGCCACGUCCGUGAGUUUCUCACGGAGGAAGAGGUGCUGGACAAGGUGGAGAUCUGGGCACAGAAGUACCUAUACGCUCACCCUCUCUGGUUCGGGAGUUUCUCAGCAUUCCUGGUUGUCACCGAUCCCGACUAUGCCAAGGCUCUGUUGGCCAGAGCAGAUCCCAAGGAUAACAUCAGCUAUAAACACCUUGUCCCAUGGAUCGGGAACGGGUUGCUGAUCUUACAUGGGCCAAAAUGGCACCAACAUCGAAAACUCCUGACUCCGGGAUUUCAUUAUGACGUCUUGAAACCGUACGUGGCCCUGAUGGCAGAGUCUACUAACGUGAUGCUGGAUAAAUGGGAACAGCUGAUCACAGAUGGGAAACCAGUGGAGCUCUUUGAACACGUCAGCUUGAUGACUCUCGACAGCAUCAUGAAAUGUGCCUUCAGUUGUCACAGCAACUGCCAGACCAACAGGAAAAACACCUACAUCCAGGCUGUCUACAACCUAUGCCACAUGGUACACCAGCGCCUCCGCAUCUUCCCCUACCACAAUGACAUCAUUUACUGGCUCAGCCCUCACGGAUUUCGGUUCAGGAAGAUCUGCCAGCUCGCUCACGACCAUACAGACAAGGUGAUCCAUGAGCGAAAGGAGUCCCUUAAAGAUGAACGAGAAUUUGAAAAGAUCCAGAAUAAGAGACAUUUGGACUUCUUGGACAUUCUACUGUGCGCCAAAGAUGAGAAUGGAGCUGGACUAUCUGAUGAGGACCUGCGUGCCGAGGUAGACACGUUCAUGUUUGAGGGCCACGAUACAACGGCCAGCGGGAUCUCCUGGCUCUUGUACUGCCUGGCGUCACACCCUGAGCACCAGGCACGGUGCCGGGAGGAGAUCCAGGGGAUUCUGGGGCACCGGGAGACGCUUCAGUGGGAGGACCUGGGCAAGAUGACUUACAGCACCAUGUGCAUCAAGGAGAGCCUUCGCCUUUACCCACCAGUACCCGGCGUGUCCCGGCAGCUCAGCAAACCCAUCACCUUCCCCGAUGGACGCACUUUGCCAGAAGGCAGCAUCGCCGCAAUAAGCAUUUAUCUCAUUCACAGAAACCCUGCAGUAUGGAAAGACCCUUUGGUGUUUGACCCUUUGAGGUUUUCCCCGGAGAAUGUCACUGGCAGACAUUCUCACGCCUUUCUGCCUUUUUCUGCUGGAAUGAGGAACUGCAUCGGGCAGCAGUUUGCCAUGAAUGAGAUGAAGGUGGCACUGGCCCUGACCCUGCUCCGCUUCGAGCUCUCACCUGACCCUGCGAAGCCUCCCUGCAAAAUACCUCAAAUCAUCCUUCGCUCCAAGAAUGGGAUUCACUUGUAUCUAAAGAAAAUCCGCUGA